UAACACCAUGUCAAUAGCCAACUAAAAAUAGUGGAGGCUCGGCUGCAUGGUGUUGGUGCCAUGACGGGUAUGUGUUUCACAAGCGCAACACAACAUUCUGUCGACUCCGCAAGCGUUGAAACUGACCCUGAUGUCAGGCGGCGCAUUGGAGCAGCGGUGACUGCGAGAGCGCUCGGUGACUUAUCCCUCCCUGCCAGCCAUCUCUCUGCCACUGAGAGAACGGUGGGCCGAGGAGAGUCAACAGGCAAGGAUACCGUACCAGCACAAAUAUAUAUUUAACCCAAGGCUGCGCGGCUGCACUCUACAGACAUCAUCAUCGGCCUUACCCAGAAGUGUAAAGCAAACUCAUCGCCAUGUCGUCCUGGUGCGAGAGCAUCAAACAGCAGCAGAACCCUUCUGUGAGCGUCGAUGGGAUGAUGACAGCUCGCAAGUACAAACGGGAGGCGUGCCACCGGAUUUUUGUGAAUCGUAGUUUAGCAGUGGAGAGGAUACGAUGUUUUGGUUUGGAAAUGGACUACACACUGGCAGUGUACCGCUCACCAGAGUACGAAGCCCUGGAGUUUGAUCUGACCAUCGAGCGCUUGGUGUCCAUCGGCUACCCUCAAGAGCUGCACAACUUUGAGUACGAUCCCGAGUUCCCCAUCAGGGGGAUGGUUUUUGACACUCUUUAUGGAAACCUACUGAAGGUGGACGCAUAUGGUAAUCUCUUGGUCUGCGUCCACGGAUUUAAAUUCAUGAAGGGGCCUGAGAUUAGAGAGCAGUACUCAAACAAGUUCAUCCAGAGAGAUGAUACCGAGAGAUUCUAUGUCCUCAACACUCUCUUCAACCUCCCUGAGACCUACCUUUAUGCAUGCCUUGUGGACUUCUUCAUCAACUGCACUCGCUAUAUAAGCUGUGACACUGGAGUGAAGGAGGGAGAUCUCUUCAUGUCCUUUAAGAGCAUGUUCCAAGACGUGAGGGAUGCAGUGGACUGGGUCCACAUCAUGGGGACACUGAAAGAAAAAACACUUGAAAAUGUGGAAAAGUACGUGGCGAAAGAGCCAAAACUGCCACUUCUUUUGAGUAGGAUGCAAGAGGUGGCGAAGGUCUUCCUGGCAACAAACAGUGACUAUAAUUACACUGACAAAAUUAUGACAUACUUAUUUGACUUGCCGCAUGGCCCACAGUUGCAGUUCGAGGAGGGGAGGUCAAUCGCCAAUUGCUGUUUUGCUAUUUUCGCCGUGUCACGACCCCAGCCGGGGCGCCAGCACCGGCCAUGGCAGUCGUACUUUGACCUCAUCAUCGUGGAUGCCCGCAAGCCACUCUUCUUUGGCGAGGGAACUGUGCUUCGACAGGUGGACACGGAAACUGGGCAACUGAAAAUUGGAACUUUUACAGGACCUCUGCAACAUGGGAUCGUAUAUUCUGGAGGGUCAUCAGACUUGGUGUGCGAUCUCCUGGGCGUCAAUGGGAAGGACAUUCUCUACAUUGGUGACCACAUCUUUGGAGACAUUCUCAAGUCCAAGAAACGACAGGGUUGGCGGACUUUCCUGGUCAUUCCUGAACUUGCCCUGGAGCUUCACGUCUGGACAGAUAAGAGCGCGCUGUUUGAGGAAUUGCAGAGAUUGGACAUAUACUUGGCCGAUUUGUACAAGAAUCUUGACAGCAGCAGCAAUGAAAGGCCCGACAUCAGCUCUCUGCAGAAGUGCAUCAAGAAAGUGACACAUGACAUGGACAUGUGCUACGGCAUGAUGGGCAGCCUUUUCCGAAGUGGGUCCAGGCAGACGCUUUUCGCGAGCCAAGUGAUGCGCUACGCUGACAUCUACGCUGCAUCCUGCAUCAACAUGCUGCACUACCCAUUCAGCUACCUCUUCCGUGCCCCACACGUGCUGAUGCCUCACGAGUCAACCGUCGAGCAUGCUCGGGUUGACGCCGCCAGCCAGCAGUCACCCAUGUCGACACGAAAUCGACCGCUCGGUGCCACAGAGGACUGGGCCCUGCUGGGCUCACCAUCGGGCUCCGGGGCCGGGGGCUGGGACGCCAACGAUGGCAGCACAGCCAGCGGCACGGCGAGCAGCGGCCACGCGGGCGGUCGCCGCAAGUGCUCCAGCCGCUCGAUGAGCGAAAUCCGACCACCCUGCCUCCACCCGCAGCCGCCGGCCGAGAUCACGCACUGCCACGAUGAGGACGACGACGACGAUGACAACGAUGGUGAUGGUCAUGAUGGUGGGGAGGUUGGCGAGAGUCACGCCUCUCGACGUUUCCAGCAGCAGUAGCUAUCCUACAGGUUGCCUGGCUUACACAUGUACAGCCAUUUUGUCGGCAUGAGCGUCCCUCCGCGUGCCGUGUGGGUUGGUGAAAGUGGGAGGCGUAGACGUGGGAGAAUGUACGUAAAUUACAAGAGUAGGUUUUUCUGUAUUGCCAGCAGGGCCUUGCCUCAGCCUACCUGACUUGCGUGGCAGUCACCAAUCCAAGCUCUAUCCAGGUUCAAACCCACUCUGCUUUGGAGAUCUGAUGACAUCGAGCGUAUUCCGGUUAAUUUGGUUUAAGGUCAGUCUUCACGUCAGCCAUGGCUUAUUUUUGUUUCACCUUCAAGUCCGUCUGCUAUUUGUUUUAUUUUAUAUGAAUUUACCAGUCUUAAUUUCACAACUUGUCCUUUUUCACAAGCAAUACUCAGGAGUUUUGGAUGCCACUGGUGGGAAACAAGGAAAACCUCUUACACAUGUGUCUAUGUGGCCUAUACCAUGAUUCUAUAGCCACUAAAAAGCAGGCCAGCUCAGCUCAUGAACAGGGCUGAAUUGCCAUGGUAGCAAGCCGGGACAGCUCCGAAUUCAGAGGGCAGCGUAGCUCGCUUUGCUAAGGGAGCUACAUGUAUUCUGCUGGGCCUCUCGAAGAAAUUAUCAUGACAUCAUUGGCUAAACACAAAAAUCGAACAUGCCAUCAAUUGCAUCUCUUGCUUUUAUCAACUUUAAAGCUGCAUUUUUUUAAUGAAGAAUGUCGACGAAGACAAUGGAUGGUGUAAAAUGACAACAUGUAAUGAUUUUAGCGUGGGGAAAGUAUAAGCUAAGCAUAUGGUAAACCUAUAAUCAUAUACAUUAAAACACAAUUAUGAUCACUUCCCUCCAGAUGCAGAGGGAAGGGAUGAGGAGAGGACGAGGGGGGAAAGGAGAUAAGUCAAACCAGUGGAGCCGCGUGAUCGUGAAGCUUUGUGCAUUUCCAGGAACAGCUCUGCAUGGCUCGGAUUUUAUUCCCUACGGCCGUGCAAACGCAACGUUAGAGUCACCGCAGGUGAAACUAUUCUCACUUCUGAGUUGGGAAUUUAGACUCAUGUUCCCUUCACCAUGGUGGUGGCUGUCAAGAUAAAACUUUAUAAGAUUAGUGUUUUUUUCAAUUGCUGUCACCAUGGGCCAUAUAAUAUGUUCAUUAUCUUUGUUUUUAUAAUCAUCGUUACGACCUAUCAUUUGAUGAUAAGUAAAACGAAUGUUGGCAACAAUUAUGCUUUGAAAGCAGUUAUGUAGUGAGUUCAGCUGAGUCGCAGAUGUACUCUUGGAGACAACACAUUUAUUUAACACCAACACAUGGGGUAACUGCACCCUUAACAGAAUAAUAACCUAUGGUCGUGACCACCAGGCUAACUACACUAAUUACAACAUUACUGGUGUAGUUAACCGGGUGGUGACCACCAGGCUAACUACACUAAUUACAACGUAACUAGCUACAACGGACCGGACCACAGCUCGGGUCCAGGUCCACAUGCUGGAGACUCGUAGAACAUAGACGGAGGCUUCUUUAAGAUGAACAACAACGCCGGUCCCUCUGGGGGACCCGGCUUGUAUUCUCUGCGGCUUGGCUGGCUCCGCCCUUGGCCACGACCACUUUCCAGAAUCCUCGAGCAGGAUCUCGACCCGGACUACGUGACCACCCCUAGCCCCCACUUGGGGCCCCUUUGUAGACUUAAUCGGUCACGUGUCCUCCCGGGUCAACCAGAGUGCCAUGGCCUUUAGUAACCCUGGCACUCCCACAUCCGAUCCUGCAGGGCUGGCACUGCACGGCAAGCGUGGUGCCACCCAGCGCUAUCAAUCAGCGCACGCCGUGCCCCUCUAAGGCCGGCACUACACCCACACCAUAGUGGUGUCCGUGUUGUCGUUACAUCGCAUGCCGUGCCUCUCUAGGGCCGGUACUACACCCACACCAUAGUGGUGUCUGUGAUGUCGCUACACCGCAUGCUGUGCCCCUCUAAGGCCGGUACUACACCCACACCAUAGUGGUGUCUGUGAUGUCGCUACACCGCAUGCUGUGCCCCUCUAAGGCCGGUACUACACCCACACCAUAGUGGUGUCUGUGAUGUCGCUACACCGCAUGCUGUGCCCCUCUAAGGCCGGUGCUACACCCACACCAUAGUGGUGUCUGUGAUGUCGUUACAUCGCACGCCGUGCCCCUCUAGAGACGGUACUACACCCACAUCAUAGUGGUGUCUGUGAUGUCGUUACAUCGCAUACCGUGACUCUCUAUGGCCGGCACAGCACAGUGACAUCCCGCGAUGUCACUACAGUUCUUUAAUAAUCAAAAUGGAAUGUAGUUGCCUGGACUAAAUGACUACCACCCUGAUGUAUGCAUAACUUGCAAGGUUUGUAAGUGCGGUUGCACAUGAUGAACCUACACAUAGAGGCACUUGCUGUGUAGGUGGAUCCUGCUACUACUGCUGCUGCUUUAUUUUGUGAAAAAUAUGUAGGGAAUAUGGAAAUGUACAAGAAAAAUGUAUUAAGCUAUCAAUACACGCUCUCUUCAGAAUUCAGGCAUCAAAUAUAACCUGGAGCUUGUGUUAAACUAAUUGCUCACAUUUUGUGUUUUUAUUGCGUGUUAAUCAUAUAAUAUAACGUGUACGCACACUUUUGAGUGCAAAAUACCGUAUUGCAUAUCAUGAGACCUCCUUUUCCAGUACCAAAUUAUGAGAAUAGGUUUUCCCCUUUUUUCCGGCAACAAAACAGGUGUUAAGAUGUUAAAACACCAAACUGAAACCUUUUAUUGGGAAUCAUCUCU